AUGUCUGCCGGACCCCUCACAGUCUACAAUGGCACCACCGGUGUUGCUGACACCGGAGGCGACUCCCUCACCGAGGACUUGAACAUCUACUACUCGUCCGGUGACUUUGCCUGGAUCAUCACCUCCACCGCCCUCGUCCUUCUCAUGAUUCCCGGCGUCGGCUUCUUCUACUCGGGCCUCGCCCGCCGCAAGUCCGCCCUCGCGCUCAUCUGGUUGUCCAUGAUGAGUAUAGCGGUCGUCAGUUUCCAAUGGUUCUUCUGGGGCUACUCGCUCGCCUUCUCCCACACGGGCAGCUCCUUCAUCGGCGACCUGUCCAACUUUGGUCUGAUGAAGACCCUCGGCCAGCCCAGCGUCGGCAGCACCAAGGUCCCCGACCUGCUGUUCUGCAUCUUCCAGGGCAUGUUCGCGGCCAUCACUCCUGCCCUCGCCAUCGGCGCCGCCGCUGACCGCGGCCGCAUGCUCCCCUGCAUCGUCUUCAUCUUCAUCUGGGCCACCAUCGUCUACGACCCCAUCGCCUACUGGACCUGGAACCCCAACGGCUGGUCCUUCAAGCUCGGCGGUCUCGACUUCGCCGGCGGCACCCCGGUCCACAUCUCCUCCGGCGCCGCCGCCCUCGCCUACUCGCUCAUGCUCGGCCGCCGCUCCGGCUACAACAAGGUCCGCGGCCUGCCCUACCGCCCCCACAAUGUGACUCAUGUCGUCCUCGGUACCGUCUUCCUGUGGGUCGGCUGGUUCGGCUUCAACGGCGGCAGCGCCCUCGCCGCCAACCUGAGGGCCGUCAUGGCCUGCCUCGUCACCAACCUGGCCGCCUCGGUCGGCGGCAUCACCUGGUGCCUGCUCGAUUACCGCCUGGAGAAGAAGUGGUCCACCGUCGGCUUCUGCUCCGGCGCCAUCGCCGGCCUCGUUGCCAUCACGCCCGCCUCCGGCUUCGUCCCCGCCUGGGCUGCCGUCAUCUACGGCGUCGUCGGCGGUAUCGUGUGCAACUUUGCCACCAAGCUCAAGUUCGUCCUCGGCAUUGACGACGCCCUCGAUAUCUUCGCCGAGCACUGCGUCGGUGGCAUUGUCGGCAACCUGCUGACUGGUCUCUUCGCCGCUGACUACAUCGCACAUCUCGACGGUUCCACCACCAUCUCCGGCGGCUGGCUCAACCAUAACUACAUCCAGCUCGCAUACCAGCUGGCCGACUGCGUCGCCGGCUUCUCUUACUCCUUCGGCAUGACCUGCAUCAUCCUCUUCCUCAUGAACCUCGUGCCCGGCCUGAGCCUGCGCGCCUCGGCCGAGGAGGAGGAGCUCGGCCUCGACGACGGCCAGCUCGGCGAGUUCGCCUACGACUACGUCGAGCUCGCCCGCACCCCCUCCGAGCACAACCUGGCCGAGUCGCACAGCAGCCACACCAGCAUCAAGGACGGCAAGACGGCACCGGCCCCCACCGAGAAGGUCACUGCUGCUGUCUAG